AUGGUUUUGUCAGUCACGGAGAAACUUUAUCUGCACGAAAGUCUAGUGAGCAAUCCGCCAGCUCGUCCCGACGGUAGAAGCGCAGAUCAGUUCAGACCAAUUGAGAUCUUCACAGAUUUCUUGCCAACAUCCAAUGGGUCUUCUAAGAUUGUAGCCAGUGACGGUACUGAAUGUAUUGUGAGUGCUAAAUGCAAGGUGGUGGACCACACCUUGGAGGAGGAUUUGAUAGAAGUGGAUGUCGAUAUCGCUGGCCAUCGAGACGAUUCGCCACUCGUCCAGGGAACGCUUUCUGUUUUGAACCGGGUGCUGCUUUCGCAAAUCGAUCGGGGAUCGCUGCGGCUCACGAAAAAAUACAGUUUUAAGCUUUACAUCGACGUCCUGGUGCUUUCAAGCUAUUCUCAUCCACUAACCUUGAUUUCGUUUGCCAUCUACUCCGCACUCAACUCCACUUUGUUGCCUACCUUAAUUUCAAGCGACGAUGACUUAGAUGUGGCGGAACUGCCGACUUUUCACGACUAUGACUUGACCAAAUUAACCAUUAAGGUACCUGUGCUGUUCACAGUCGCCGUUUGUGGCAAAAAUGUCAUUGUCGACCCUGCCUCAAGUGAAAGCGAUGUCGCUAACAAUGGUAUUUUAGUAACAUGGUAUGAUGGCAAGGUAACAGCACCCGUUAGGACACUUGGUCUGAAUGAGGAUUACGUAUCGGGUAUAACGCCGCAGAGCCUCGCGGACGGUCUCAAACUGAUUGAAGACAUUGCACCAAAAGUGGUGAAAGCUCUAGACAGCUAA